CAAAAUUAUAAAGAUAUCUCAGAUAAAAUGGAGACAGAACAGGAAGAGUUUACACCUAGAUUAGUGCUGACCAAGAACUUAAGCUCUAAAAAGAGAAAACAAAGCGUCACGUUUCUCGAUCUAGUCCAGACAACUCUAAAGACAGGACUCACUGGUGACCAGGAUAUGGCAGAAACAACUGAAUCGUCAGACGAAUCUGAGGAAGAGCUUCUUGAGGAGGAAGACGUUGGGGAGAUCGCUUAUGAAAUGGCCACAGAUGCUGUUGAUGAGGUCUUACACUUGAGGAAGAGAGUUCGCAGUCAUAUAGGAAAUCUUAAAAGCCACAAAGAUAAAGUUAUAAAUAAAUAUAAAGCCAAGAUCAAUGAUAAAGCUAAUGAUGCCCAGUACUUAAGAUUUGUCGAUAAGCUCACAUAUUUUAUUGCUGUUCCAAUAAUGGUUUUUGACUUUUGGUCAUUAGGAAGAUUCCCUGACUACGGAACUUAUAAUAUCCAUUUAGCUCUCGUACUUGGACUUGUAUUCUGGAGACAUAUCAAUUAUAAAUACAGUGGAUAUCAUUACUAUCUCAUUGAUUUCUGCUAUUUUGGGAAUUAUACUCUAUGCUUAUUGUUGACAUUGCUUCCUAUGAGUAAAUCGGCAUAUUGUGCAAGCUUCGCAUAUGGAGUUGGUCCACUAGGAAUAGCAACAAUCUUAGUUGGAAAUUCCUUUGUCUUGCAUAGUAUAGACAAAUUGACAAGUUUUUACAUUCACUUAAAACCAAUGAUCACGAUGACAAAUUUGCAUUGGAGCACACAGCACAAUAAAGAUAGAGGAUGGGACCUCUAUGACACUUCUGAAAACACAUUCAGUUUUGAAUUCUUUUGGUAUUACGUCACAAAUGCCUUCCAGUACUACAUAAUCUGGGCUGUUGUCUAUUUCCUAAUCCUCUUUGUAGUUAAAAGAAGGAGGAUCAAAGAAAGAAACUAUGAUACUUUAUUUAUUUAUCUUUCAAACAACGACAAGGGAGCAAGGAAGUUAUGGUACAGCAAGGGGAAGAAGUUUGCUCCAUUUUUCUAUAUGCUGACACAUAUGGUUAUCUUCUUAUCUCUGACUUGCCUUUCUUUCCUAUGAUUCUUCUCAAUGUACCUGAAUAUCUUCAUGAUUGCUUUGACUCUGUUCUCCAGUGCCUGGAGAGGAGCCACUUUCUACAUGGAUUAUUUCUGCAAGCAAUACGAAAUCAACCUGGCUAAUAUCGAGGAGCUUUAUAAGGAGAUUAAGAAGAACGGAAGUGAUAAAUCCUCUGCAGAUAGUGGCCAAGCAAAUCAAGAUAUAGAUGGAAGCGCGAAUCGUAAUCACACCAAAAAAUCAAAGAAUUAGUC